UGUCUUUUGCGUUGGACAGACUCUAACCGGUCUACAUCAUUGAACAAUAAACCAAGUCCACAGCGAGUCCUCGCCCUCUCACCCUCCAACCCGACCCGGUCCCACAAUGCGCCAGCAAGCUGCGGGAGGGCGAAGCCGUCGCCAGACAGCUCCUCCCCGUCCGCCCCUAGAUCUUCAAGCUAAGAAGACCGAGAAGGCCGACGAGUCUCCAGAUGGGUCAGACACUGUAUCCAAUAUUCGCAAUGAGCUCGACUUUACCCAGUGGUUCAACGAGGUGGAAGAAAGCUUGUUGGAAACCAGCUACGAUGAGUACCAGUCUUGCCUCCACGAAUUGCAGAUGUCAAAGUCCCAUUUAGAUACACUCUUAUCCGAUACAUCCUCAACCCUCGAUCUCCUAUCCAGUCUGUCCAAAGAUUUCGUGGCAGUCGAUUCGCAAACGUCCAAUUUCGAGAAGCAAUGCGAAGGGUUACUUUCUGCCCAGCGGCGCGACUUGGAGCUCGCGAUUAAUAUUGAGGACAAUCUGCAAUACUAUGACUUCUUGGAUCCUGCUUCGAGGAGGCUUAAUGCCCCGGGUGCUGGGAAUUCCGUACGAGGGCGGGAUUUCUCGGAAAUGCUCAAGCGACUGGACGAAUGCCUGGACUAUAUGGAAACACAUCCCGAACAAAAAGAAGCAAGCGUAUACCGAUCCAGGUACCGUCUUCUUAUGACGCGAGCCCUCACGCUUAUUCGAGGGCACUUCGUCGCCGCCCUCCGCGACAUAUAUCUCAACGUAUCCAAGAAGAUCGCAGACAAGCAGCUCAAUGAUACAACCAUGUCCGCCUUGUUGUAUGCCAAAUUUCGAGUUGGCGCCCCGGAACUGAAACAGAUUGGUCUCGAGAUCCAGAAGAGAGCCGUGCCGCCGUUGGACCCGGACCAGGGUUCUGAAGCUGAGUAUCAGAGUCUUCUUAACGAACUUCAGGACAACUACGCGGCGACCCGCAGCAAACUCAUAGUGCCGCUUGUACGCAAGCAACUACAUGAAAUUUCACAGGCGCCCAGUACGUCGACUGAUCUCGUGUCUUUCGCACGCGGAAGCAUCAGCUAUAUUCGCGGCGUGUGUCUCGACGAAUACGACCUCUGGGGAGAGUGGUUCCACGGUCAGGGGGGUUUGUAUUACUUUCUGGAGUCGAUUUGUGAACCUCUCUACGACCACCUCAGACCAAGGAUCAUACACGAAGACAAAAUCAUCAGACUCUGUCAACUUUGUACCCUCUUGCAGACCCGCUAUAUAUUCGACCCGGAAGAAGAGACCGAGAUUACCGAUGCCAAUCAACUCGAUUUCCCUGCGCUGAUCCAGCCGGCCCUGGAAGACGUCCAAACGCGGCUCGUGUUUCGCGCACAAGCUUUUCUCUACGACGAGAUUGAACGAUAUAAGCCGGGACCGGAUGACCUUGACUACCCUGCCCGCAACAAGCAAGUCGCAAGCGCAGUUACAGAGGGCGAGAACCAGAUAUCUGGAAGAAAGAUCGCCCCCGUUGACGUGCUUGUGAAUCUUUCCAAGCCUUCAAAACAAGCCGACGAGAACUCCGAAUCCCCACAGGAGCAAGACCCCAAAUGGGAUUUCGAGUCGCAAACAGCCCUAAGCGGGUGGUAUCCGACACUACGGAAAGCCAUUUGGCUUCUGAGCAGGAUCUAUCGCCUUGUAAACUCCACCGUCUUCGACGAUCUAGCCCACCAAAUCGUCCACCAAACAACCGACUCCCUCCACUACGCCAGCACCCUCAUCGCCGCCAAAUCCCCCAUCAACGCGCAGCUCUUCCUCAUGAGCCACCUCCUAAUCCUCAAGCAACAAAUCGUCGCCUUCGACAUCGAAUACGUCGCCCCAGAAGUCUCCUUCGACUUCUCCGGCGUAACGAGCACAUUCUGGGAACUGCGCGAACGAGGCGGCCUUUUCAAUCCCCGCAAUCUCAUGCGCCUCGUCGGACACGGGCUCCUCCCGCGCGUCAUUGAGAACAUGCUCGACGCCAAAGUCGAGCUCGACGGCCGCCUCCGCACAGUCAUCAACGACUUCAUCAACGGCUUCGCAACAACCAUGACGGCGUCUCUCCCCGCCAAAUUCGUCGACACCCGCAACCUCCAGCGCGGCGAACUCAUGUACCCCACCUGCCGCAACAUCGAGAAAGAGGUGCCCAGCCUGCGCAAGAUCCUCGACGACUACCUCGACGACGCGCGCAUGAAGGAGACGCUCGUCGGCGCCGUCCAGGACCGCAUCAUCCAGAUCUACGAGGAGUUCUUCGAUAAGUAUACCUCUUCGGAGAAGAAGAGGGGCCACUUUGUUAGUAAGAAGGGCAAGGGCCGGGAGGAUGCGGUCUGGGACGUGGAUACCUUUGCGGAGUGGUGUGAGAGUGUUUUUCUAGUCGGCGUGUCGGGUCAUGGUCAGGGUCAGGACGAUGACGAUGGCGAUGACGUUGAUGCCGUUACGAAUAGGAGCGGGAGCCCGAUUUCUCAGCGGAGGUGAAGGGAGUUAGGUUGUUGUGGUGGAAUAGAUUAAU